AUGUCUCGCAAGCGGAAUGUCCUCCUGGUCAUUGCUGACGAUCUGGGAAAGGCGCUGGGAUGCUAUGGAGACAACACCGUCGACACCCCCAACAUAGAUCGCCUCGCCCAGGAUGGCGUGGUCUUCGACAAUGCCUUUGCAAGCACUGCGUCCUGCAGCGGCAGCCGCUCGGUCAUCUAUACCGGACUGCACACCCACGAGAACGGUCAGUAUGGUCUGAACCACUACACGCAUCACUUCAUGACGUUCGACCACGUGGAGACGGCCCCAGGCCUCUUGCGGGAGCACGGCUAUCUGACGGGAAUCGUUGGCAAAAUACACGUUGGCCCUAUGUCCAUAUAUCCAUGGGAGGUAGUCGAUGAAAGCCCGACGCGUGACGUGAAGUGGGUGGCUGACCGAGCCGAAUCGUUCUUCAAAACUGCCGCAGAAGACGGACGGCCGUUCUUCCUCACCGUGGGCUACAUGGAUCCGCAUCGUGACCAUACCAGAGGCGGCUUUGGCAAUGGGGACGAGACUGUGUCGGCAGAGGAUCCGCUGUAUACCAGCAAUGACGUCGUCGUGCCAGAAUACCUGAGUGAUCUGCCAGAGGUCCGCUCGGAACUUGCCGAGUACUAUCGGUCGAUCGCCCGAGUUGACAGAGGCCUUGGUCUAAUCAUGAAAUAUUUGAAACAAUAUGGACACGACGAAGACACUCUCGUCAUGUUUAUGAGCGACAACGGGCCUCCUUUUCUCAACUCCAAGACCACAUUGUAUGACGCAGGCAUACGCUUGCCGUUUGUUGUCCGGCAACCCGGGGUCACAGCAUCUGGACUCAAUGCGAACCUGGUGUCGUACACCGAUAUUCUGCCAACUAUUCUAGACUGGGCUGGAUACCAGUCGCCCCCAACUACUUCGCAAAACACCCCUCUCCGACGUGGUAGGUCAUUCUUACCGAUCAUGACAAAGACAUCACUGGAUGAUGCAUGGACCAAGGUGUUUGGGUCGCAUACUUUUCACGAAAUCACAAACUACUAUCCGACUCGCUUCAUCCGAACCACGAGAUACAAAUACCACCGCAAUAUCGCUUGGAAACUGGACUUUCCCUUUUCAACGGAUCUCUAUGCCUCAUUGUCAUGGGAAGGUAUGAGAAACGUUGACGGACCCGUGAAAAUCGGACGGCGCACGUUGGAGGCAUACAUUCGUCGCCCGGCCGAAGAACUAUUUGACAUGGAACAAGAUCCAAGAGAAGUGAACAACGUUGCGAGUGACCCCGCGUAUGCCGAUGUCCUUGCAGGCAUGAGACAAGAUAUGGAGGCAUGGCAACGAGACACAAGAGACCCCUGGCUUUUUCGAGAUGGGGUAUCGUUGUUGGAGAUGCAGGGCCAUCUGGAUGCUGGACUUAAGAUCCCUGACCGCUUCGAUUUUGACAUUAACGCACCAAAGUCCAAAUAG